CUACACCAACAUCACCUACAUCUUGAGUUUGAUCACCCAAUGUCUUUAAAGAUUAAGAGAAACAUGGAAAAACCAAGCUCUAGGCUUGUGUCCGCCAUUGCUCGAUUUCAUUGGUUUGUAGCCAUUUUCAUUUUCAUGCACUGCUCAGUUGGAGCACAUGGUUCGAAUCAGGUCCCGGCCAUGUUCGUGUUCGGGGACUCGUUGGUCGAUGUCGGAAACAAUAACUUCCUGAAUUCAUUAGCCAAGGCUAAUUACUUUCCUUAUGGGAUUGACUACUAUCAGGGGGCCACUGGAAGAUUCUGUAAUGGAAGAACCAUAGUAGAUUUUUUGGGUGAUCUAUUGGGUGUACCGAGUCUUCCAGCCUACGCAGACCCUAACACGUUUGGAAGAAGAAUACUUAGCGGAGUUAAUUAUGCUUCAGCAGCCGGUGGCAUCCUCGACGAGACCGGCUCCUACUUUGGAGAUCGAUUCAGCCUCAACCAGCAGGUGCUAAAUUUCGAAAACACAUUGAAUGACUUGAGAAAUCAGAUGGACAGUAGGACUUUGGGCACAUACCUAGCCAAGUCCAUAGUGUUCAUGGUGCUUGGCAGCAAUGACUACCUCAACAACUAUCUUUUGCCAUCUAUGUACUCUUCUAGCUACACAUACACCCCUCAGCAAUACGCUGACCUUCUCCUCAACCACUACGCCCGCCAGUUAGUGGCACUCUACAGCCUAGGAUUAAGGAAGUUCAUGCUAACAGGGGUGGGUCCACUUGGUUGCAUCCCCAACCAAUUAGCGACAGGCGUUCAUGCUCCCGGUCGGUGUGUCGACUACGUUAAUCAGAUCGUUGGACCGUACAACACUGGGCUUAGAUCACUGGUACAGCAGUUGAAUCAAAACCACCCUGGUGCGAUUUUCGCCUAUGGUAACACCUACGGAACCUUUGCAGAUAUGCUCAACAACCCUUCUGCGUACGGUUUUAGCGUGUGGGACCAUGGAUGUUGUGGCAUAGGGAGGAACCAAGGACAAAUCACAUGCCUUCCCCUCGCAGUCCCAUGUGGAGACAGGAACCGCUACAUCUUCUGGGAUGCCUUCCAUCCAACCCAAGCUGCAAACAGAAUCCUUGCUCAAAGGGCAUUUUCUGGGCCCCCUUCCGAUUGCUAUCCUAUCAAUCUGCAACAGAUGGCGCUGCUAUAACCCAUUCUUCCUCUCCUUUUCCUCUUCCUACACGACGGAUGUGGAUGCAUCUGUAGACACAAGGCCAUUGA